AUGAAGAAACUCGACAAUACUCCGAUUACUAAUCCUCCGAGCGGAGACGGUGCUGAUCGCGUGAAGACAAUUUCUCCCGGGUUGCCGGAUCAACCGCAGGGUAGUUCCUGUUUCUUUGGCAAUAGCCAGACACACUUGCCAUCUGUUAGACUCGGUGUACGGGGGCCUGUAUCGUACCUUAAUUCCGUGAAUAGCCGCUCCCUGAGAAAUAGUGGGGCAGUUGGCCCUCCAUGGCCUUCAAAAUAUAACUGCCAUGUUCGUGGUCCCUCGGAAGAGGGGUCUAUUGUUCACAGGCUAGAGGGCGAGCUCGUAUUGAAAGAACGGAAACUAAAGGAUGCUGUGGUUGCAAUCUCUCCCGAGGAGGAUAUACUCAGGCAGUUCACAUCACACCUCGACAUCAAUGCUCAGAGAGAGGAUAUGUUGUCAGCGGAUUAUCAUGAGAGACGAUUCCGCGAGAUUCCCUGUGAUAUUAGACUCCCAAAACGUGUCGUUACUACUGGUAUAAAAUUCCAAGAAGCAGUGCGAGAGAGGGUUGCUGCAAGACUACCUCAUCCGAAUAACAGUGCGUUGGAACUUCCACGUAGCCGAGAAAAUUCGGUUUCGAGCAUAAGUUCUGGAGGAUUGGAGACGCGGCCACACCAAGCACUACUGAAUCUUUACGAUAGGCUGGGCAGAGAACUUAGUGCUUUUGAUAAGGAUGAAUGCGAGAGCCAGGCCUGGGAGGCUAAGUAUGCACCGACUUCCUCCAGUGAAGUACUGCAAAUCGGCAAAGAACCUCGGAUCUUGAAGGAUUGGUUGGUGGCCUUAAAGGUGGAGAACGUGGGUACUGGCUCCAACAAUCAGAAACAAGGUACCAAGGGGAAGAAAAAACACAGUCUUGGAGCAGCAGCGGGGAAAGCAGCUACAAGGAGAAAGAAAAAGCGUAAGAAGGACGAUGAUGAGCUUGCUGGGUUCAUCAUUGAUAGCGAGGAAGAGCAGAAUGAGAUGGACGAGAUAACCGAUCCUGAGGACACAGAUUAUUCUACAAUUCCCGGCGUUAAGAAGUCCACCAUACGCGCUGGCGAUAAAGGAACUGAUUCCCCCUCUGGGAUUCUCAGAGAACCCGACAGACUUGUGAACGCUGUGGUCAUAAGUGGCCCCAAUGGAUGCGGGAAGACAGCAACCGUUUACGCAGUUGCGAAGGAAGUCGGGUUCACCGUCUUCGAAGUCUCUCCCGGGGCCAAGAGGGGUGGUAAAGAUAUUCUCGACCUUGUGGGAGAAAUGACUCGCAAUCACCUUGUGCACCAGACCAAGGCAGGUGCCUCGGCGAGUGCUACCUCGUUUUUCAAAAGCAAGAUUGGAAACAAAGCACAGGCUGAGGAAGAUCUCCAGCUCAAUAAGUCUCAGCAGCAAUCACUCCUUCUUCUGGAGGAGGUUGAUCUAUUAUUUGAUGAAGACAAACAAUUCUGGUCCACUGUGCUCUCGCUUAUCGCGCAGUCCAAACGCCCGGUUGUGAUGACUUGCAAUGAUGAGGGUCUUCUGCCGAUUGACCUUCUAUCGCUACACGCUGUCUUAAGAUUGACACCGCCGCCGAUGGACUUGAUCGUCGAUCACCUACUCCUGAUAUGUGCCAAUGAAGGUCAUAUGCUUCGCAGGGAGGCUGUCAUGACACUGGUAAAGGCAACAGGCCGGGAUCUUAGGGCUAGCUUGAUGGAACUUGAGUUCUGGUGCAGAAUGGGGGUGGGGGAUAGGAAGGGGGGGUUGGACUGGAUGUUGGUACGGUGGCCCAGUGGAUCCGACCGUGAUGAGAAUGGAAACGUUCUUAGGGUGAUCAGUAGAAACACUUAUCGCAAAGGCAUGGAUUGGAUCCUGAGAGGGGCCAGUGACGAGGCGAAAUGGAAUGACGUAUGGGAAAAAUGGGGAGUUGAUGUAGGAUCCGGGGAGGACAAGGAAUUAAAGGAUUUCUCUACUGGGUUCGGGGAGGAUCUCCAAUCUUUGGAAAUAUGGGACGACUAUGCUGAGGCAAUGAGCUCCGUGGAUAUGUGCGCUGGCUCGGGCAUGGACAGCACUGAGGCUGCAUUCGAUACCACACUCCCCCUGAUUGGUGCAAAAGUUCGUUUGGACGAUGUCAUGGGGUAUCAAACUCUGCAGACGGAUCCCGUGGCCACGCCUUGGUCAACAGAGACAAAUAUCUCGAUCUGCGUGAGAUCGCUGGCAAGGGUGCAUCUUAAUGAUAAAGCAACCGCCUUGUCCAUCUCUCCACUUAAUGCGAUUCGCGAUGAAGAAAUCAUCAGCACCAUCGCCGAUAGGGGAAGUAUCAGGGAUGAGCUCAGUCCCCUUUCAGAUAUCUACAUCCGAGAGGCUUUCCAAUCGCUUGGAUCCACCUCUACGAUCUUUUCACCCGCCCCCUCCAUUUCACACUCGGUCGUCACCGGUUCUCGCGUGGCUUUAAUGAUUGAUGCGGCUCCGUACGUUAGAGGCAUCACGAGGCAUGACCUGGCCAGAGAGGAGGAGAGGAAGAGAAUCAGUGGGCUGCUCUCCCAAGGUGGUAGGAAUGGAAAAAGGCGCCUUACAAGGGCUGCCAGAGUCGCUGAGGGAGGGGGAGAUAGACGUAGUCGGGAGAGGUGGUUUGGCCAGUUGAAUGCUAGACUUGUUGAGGGGAGUGGGGGUGCUGGGUGGGGUGAUACUACGAUCACCCCAAGUCAAGGAAUGUCUGAUUCUGGGAACGGGGUGAGUUUUAUGGCUUUUACUCAAGCGAGGGUUUUGACCCGGUACGUACCGUACCGGUAUCAGGUAUUCCAAAUUGGGACAGUUCCGGGAUGGCUGGCUGCUGAUUGGACUGGGGGGGGGCAGCAGGGCGGGUGCAACGAGCAGUGCAAGUAA